GAUAAAAUAAAAUUGAACAUACAAGUUUGAGAUAAGGGUAUACAUUGAUACAUCAGAAACUUUUGGGGACUGCAAGUGCAAUUCAAAGUACCAAGCGCGCCUAUUCUUGUUCUUUUCUGGUAUCUGCCAAAAUCAGUCUCUCUUCAGAACCCUAAAACCCAAAACCCCCAACAGAUUUUCAACCUCUUUUAUGGUUAGUGUGAUGUGAUUUAAACGUUUCGAGGAAAUGGAAGGAGUGCAGAAGUUUUUCCGUGACGUUUCAAAGGAUGUAAAAUCAGGGAUUUCGAAUUCUUCCGUAUCUGAGAAUCUGCACAAUUUUAAUUCAAAAGAAGGAUUAGCUGCUGCUUUAUCUUAUUCUGAUCAAUCUCGUGUUUUAGUCACUAGGCCCUCCAGGCAAUUAGUUUCACUUUGGACCUGCUCAAAGCUAUGUACCGUCUUCUUUAUUGCUGGAGUUCUUGUAGGUUACACAUUGAAGAGACGUGUUCGCAGAUGGGCUUCUAAGCUUCUCAAGACACUGAGAGAUGACUGAUAUGUGAAACGUCCUGCCUUCUUCUUGAAGAAACUAGCUAACUAGGUGACGACUUUCAGUCUAAAUUAUUGCUACAUAUGUCUUUAUCUCAUGGCAAUCCCAGGAUACCCAGAUCUACAAAUUGUUAAAAGUAACAUCAUUGUUUUUGUUGGGAUACGCAAACAGAUAACUUUCAGUCAUACUCUUGCUUACAUUCCUAGCAUGUAUGUAUGUUCAUUUUAGAUUA